UUAAGCUGUCAACAGAGGUUAGAGGGCUGAGUGAGAGAACCUGACUGGGACAAGAAAGAGCAGCCACUGAAUCCAAAAACUAGCAGCAGGUUUUGGUGCAGGAUGUCACAGUCACUGACAUUUUCCCCGAGCAGCAAAUCUCAUCAUCAAACAUCACCCCCUCAGACCAAAGAAGGCAGCUGCUUCACCCAGGAAAAGAGCAACACCUUGAGUCUGAGAACUGCAGCAGUGAGCAGGAGGCACAGCGCUGAUGGAAUGAUCAGUUCACGGUCAGGGCGAGGGGACGUGGACGCUGACCGUUUCCACCCGUAUCAGCGACAGUUCAGUGACGGAGCAGUGACAGAGUGCCUACAACAGUGCUCUUCUUCCUUUAGCAGUCUGCAUGAGGUGUGCAGUCCUGGCAGUCAUUCGCACAGCAGCGAUAUGCCACCAUCCUGGGACCAGUACAAUGGCAGCAUUCAGAACUCAUAUCCAGAGCUACCAGGCAUACCUGUGGAUCCUCCCUGUUUUCUAUCUCAGAGCUAUCCAUCCUACAGCUCAGCAAGUCCUCAACAACAGACGGCUCCUGAUGGAUGGAAGAACUCUGUGCGGCACAAUCUGUCCCUGAAUAAGUGCUUUGAGAAGGUGGAGAACAAGAAUGGCAGCACGUCUCGUAAAGGCUGCCUGUGGGCGCUCAAUCCAGCCAAGGUGGAGAAAAUGCAGGAGGAGCUGCACAAGUGGCGCCGGAAAGACCCCGUUACUAUUCGCAGGAGCAUGGCAAAGCCAGAAGAUCUUGAUCGACUACUGGGAGAAAGACCGGAAAGACUCAGGUCUGUGCCACUGAACCCCAAAUCAGGCACAUUAACCAGAGCGACCCCCGUCUACAACCCCUCCGCUUUUACUUGUACUCCAGCUGAGCUUCGCCCAGCAUGCCAGCCCAUUUGCCAGUCACUUUAUGCUCACCUUCAGCCUCAGCAGCCCUUCUACCUCCCCCCUGCUGUCACACACCCCAGCAACUCAUUCGCCCUCUUCUCACCCUGUGGACAGCAGCCUGCAGCCGGUAUCCCAUCAUCCACUGGAAGCCUCAACUCACCGGUAGCUGGGAAGAUACCACCUGUUUAUAACAAUGCUCUCCAGUGUGAUUACAGUGUUGAGCCCAGGACCACCAUGCAGGAGUUUCUGCUGGAGGGAGACACCACUUAUGACAUUGACAUGCUCAACCCCAGUCUGACUGACCUUCAGCUGCAAGGUAACCUGUGGGAGGAGCUGAGAGUCGACAGUCUGGUGGCAGAACCACAAGUUAGCACAAGCUCGUCCGCUACCUUUGUCCCUCAGAACCACCACAUCCAGAGCAGCGGCCUGCACGUCGUGCCUCCCAUCAGUCAGACAUCAGCUGUGGUUGCCAGCGGUCGUUGUGAAGCGGAGUACGAGGACGGGGACGAAGGGCGAAAUGUGGAGCAGCAUGGCUGUUUUAACGGACUAAAUCCCGUAUUAUAUUCAGGAGUGGAAAGCUUGGCUGGGUAUCUGACCUCCUGCACUGCAUCCGUCUCUUUAAUGUAAACCUUCGCUCUAUGGAUUUGAUGUACCAGGUUUACAAAGAGGAUAAACUCAGAUGGAUCAAAACCCCAGUAACACCUUAAUCAGGUCAUCGCAAAGAAAGAGGUUAACAAAAAACACCCCCAUGAAAACCAGAAAUAUAUCAGUCAAGCGAUAUUGUUGUUGCUGGAGUUUUUUGAAUCGCUUCAUAAUUAGCCAAAAAAGUUUGAUACACAGAGGAUAAAAAGAGAAAUG